AUGGAUGAUACUGCAGAUAAGGGAGGUAAAGUAAACCUCGCCUUUGAGAGCUCAGAGCCUUCUUUACAAAAACCUCAUAAAUCACAAAUCGAACCGAAUAAUGAGAAACAGAAAAAUGGACACUUGGAAACAGGAAAUGAAAGAGUACAAUGGGGAAGCCAACUGGAAUUCCUUAUGUCUUGCAUCGCUCUAUCAGUCGGACUCGGCAACGUAUGGCGAUUUCCCUUUAUCGCUUAUAAAAACGGAGGGGGGGCUUUCCUUAUCCCAUAUAUUAUAGUACUUAUAUUUAUCGGAAAGCCCAUGUACUAUCUUGAAUGUUCACUUGGACAAUUUAGUUCUAGAAAUGUUAUUUCACUGUGGGCCUUAGCCCCAGCAAUGAAAGGUGUGGGCUAUGCACAGAUUGUGGGAAAUUGUUAUAUAUUAUCUUACUUCGUAUCUAUUAUUGCACUGUGUAUUUAUUACCUUGCAAUGAGCUUCCAAUCCACAUUGCCAUGGGCUGUUUGUGAUCCCGAAUGGCGAGACUGUGUGCCUUCUGGUCAGACGGAAAAUAUCGUGUUGACAGAAAACUCAACUAGCAGUGCCGAACUAUAUUUCACCAAAUCUGUUCUUCAGCUGAGUCAUGGUCUCGAAGAUGGUCUUGGAAUGCCCGUUUGGUAUCUGGCUUUAUGCUUAUUGAGCGCAUGGCUUUUGGUUUUCCUUAUUAUUUCAAGGGGCAUCCAAAGUUCUGGCAAAGCAGCGUAUUUCUUGGCCCUGUUCCCUUACAUUGUUAUGAUCAUUCUUCUCAUCAGUACCCUCCUUCUUCCUGGGUCUGGAAACGGCAUCCUGUUCUUUUUAACUCCCCAAUGGGAUAGAUUAAUCGAUCUUAGGGUGUGGUACAACGCUGUUACUCAAGUCUUCUUCUCUCUUUCUGUAUGUAGUGGACCGCUGAUUAUGUUUUCCUCUUAUAAUAACUUUAGGCAAAAUGUCUACAGAGAUGCUAUGAUUGUCACCACGCUGGAUACAUUUACAAGUUUGCUCUCUGGUAUAACAAUUUUCGGCAUCUUGGGCAACCUGGCGUAUGUACUAGACAAGGAAGUAGGCGAGGUCGUCGGCACGGGAGGCACUGGACUGGCUUUCGUUUCGUAUCCUGACGCUAUUGCCAAGACAUUCCAACCCCAGUUGUUUUCAGUUCUCUUCUUCCUUAUGAUGGUAGUACUGGGCCUCGGCACGGUCGUCGCGCUCGUCACGGCGGUCAACACGAUCCUGCUCGACAGCUUCCCAAAUGUUAAGACUAUCUACAUGUCAGUCAUCACUUGCACUCUCGGUUUUGGCGCUGGUCUCAUAUACGUUACACCUAGUGGACAAUAUAUUUUCGAACUGACAGAUUACUUUGGUGGAACGUUCCUGAUCCUCUUCUGUGGUAUUUUUGAAAUCGUGGGCAUAUUUGGACUUUAUGGUGUUGAAAAUAUAUGCUUGGACUUAGAAUUUAUGUUAGGUAGAACAACAUCAGUAUAUUGGCGUUUCUGUUGGGGUAUUAUUACACCAGCUUUGAUGAUUGUCGUAUUUAUCUAUGCUUUAGCAGUACCCGAACCUUUAAUAUUUGGAGCUGAUUACGAAUAUCCAACUGCAGCUUACAUUGCUGGUUACUUAAUGCUCCUCUCGGGAGUAAUAUUCGUUCCUAUCUUUUGGAUAAAAACUCUAUAUAAGAAUAGAUCAGUGGGCAAUUGUGGUGAUAUUAUUAAAAAAUCAGUUCACAAGAAACCGUCUUGGGGGCCGAUGGCAGCUGGUACUCAUAGUGAAUGGUUGCUUUUUAAGCAAGAUGCUAAGGUGGAGCGUCUUAAGAUGAAAACUUCUAGGAUGAAACAUGUUUGGAUGGUUUUGACGGGAGGAUAUAGACGUCGAAUA